UGGACUCUCCGAAGAAAUCCGACCGCCUCUCGUCUUCGCUUUACCUUCAUUGCAAAAUUACAAAACCCUAGUUUUCCUUUCCUCAUACUCGGAGAAAUACGAACAUCGAUAUGGGUGUAUCGGUGUAUCAAUGCUCUUGUUAGCUAGCUGGAUAUUUGGGGUUGAUUUGCAAGGGGCUUAGGUGAUUUAGGGUUCGCUUGAUCUCGGUGAAUCGAUGGCGAAAGGUACGGUCACGGACGAGUUUGUCGUUGUUUCACAUGUCCGAACGGGGUUGAAGAGAGAGUUGCAGUUCGUGUUGCGGUCCCAGUCGGAGAUCUGCGGUGGCGAGUCCCUGGGUCGGACCAGGGCAAGGAAAAUCCUAAAUGGCGGCUCCGGUUGUACAGAGGAGAAGACCUUGAAUGGCGGUUCUGGUUUGAAAACUGGGAGAAAGAAGAAGCGUGUUGGGAAAUGUGAUGAUUUUGUUGAAUCUGAUGGUGCAGGAUGUGCUCUUGAUGAAGAUGAAGCUAAGAGUGAUGUUGUCGAUAUCGAAGAAGGGAAGGGUGAUUCUGUUGAAUCGAUGAGUAAGAGAUUGUUUGUUGACAAUGUUGAGGAAUCUGCUUUGGUGGAUUCUGUGGAACCUAUGUGUGUAGAUGAUGAUCAGGAAAAGAAGAAAAGAGAGGAGGAAGACAAUGUACCCGUGUUUGGUAAAUGCAAGGAAGAAUCUGAGAAGGAUGAAGAGAUGGAGAACGGACAUUGUAUUGUGGCGAUUGAUGGGGAGAAGCAUGAACACGAUAUUGAAAUGGAGCAACAUGAGAAGGGUUUAUUGACGGAUGGAGGGCAGGAGGAGGUUGUUGUUGAUACAGAAGCAGAUGUCUCAUGUUGUGGAGGUAUUAGUCUGCCAUCAAAGCCGAUUUCUAAUUCUUGCUCUGUUAAUGGUGUCAAGUUGCAAAAUGGUUUGGCUGAUGGUAAAUUCCAGAGGAGGUUGAUGGUGAACCAAAAAGUGGAGGGCGGUGAAUUUGAGGCUAAUGGUGAUGCCAAGCAAAUAAAUCUAGAAAUUGGUGUUAAUGAAUAUACCAAGAAAAAAGAUGAUUUUCGUAAGCAAAACAGUGUUGGUGAUUCAUGUGUUGAUUCAUCACAUUUGGGUUUUCUUACACCAUGUGCUGAUGCAAAGCCAGAGAUUCGCUUAGUUGAUAAGCCUUUGAGGAGGUUCACCAGGUCGGUAGUGAAGCAGGAAGCCGAUUCUAACAAUUCCAAUGUGAGAAACAACGCGGAGCCAUCAAGCUUGGGCAAAGUGAAAGAAGAGGUCAGUGAAGUUGAGACAGAUGGUGCUCUAAGUGCUCCUGUUGCUUCUACCCAGAAUCGAGGAAGACCAAAGAAACUUCAUAGGAACUUUCCUGCAAGGUUGAAAGAUCUUUUUGAUACAGGAAUACUUGAGGGACUUACUGUAUAUUAUCUUCGAGGUGCAAAGAUAAGAGAGGCUGGGACUACAGGGCUCAAAGGAGUGAUUAAGGGCUCUGGGAUUUUGUGUUUUUGCAGUGCUUGCAGAGGAGCUCAAGUUGUGAGCCCCGAUGUGUUUGAGUCACAUGCCUCCAGCACAAACAAGCAGCCACUUGACUAUAUCUUGUUGGAGACAGGAAAGACACUUUGUGAUGUCAUGAAUGCAUGCAGAGAACCUUCCUUGUUUACAUUGGAAGAAAAACUUCAGCUGGUAGUCGGGCCAACCAUGAAGAAGUCUAGCCUGUGUUUUAAUUGCCAAGGACCAUUGACCGAGCCUUGUGAUAGAAAGACGUUGGUAUUGUGCAAAUCAUGUUUAGAGAUAAAGAAACAAGAAAAGGCAUCUCAGACCAGCCCUCCUAAAGUGCAUGGCAAUGUUGAGAGAUUGCCAGAGCCAAGAGUGAUUCCAGUAACUGUUCCAAAUGAGUCCAAAUUCAACUCUCCUAAAAGCAACAACAAAGGAAGACUAACCAGAAAGGAUCUGCGGUCUCCAGAGCCAAAGGUGGGUCCAGAAACUAUUCCAAGUGAGUCAAAAUCUAGCUCACUCAAAAGCAACAGUAAAGGAAGACUAACCAGAAAGGAUGUGCGGUUGCACAAACUGGUUUUUGAGGAUGAUAUCCUGCCAGAUGGGACUGAAGUCGGCUAUUUUGUUGCUGGAAAGAAAAUGCUUGUUGGCUAUAAGAAGGCAUUCGGAAUACAUUGUUCUUGUUGCAACACAGUGGUCAGUCCUUCGCAGUUUGAGGCUCAUGCUGGUUGCGCAAGUCGUCGGAAGCCAUUUCAACAUAUUUAUACAACCAAUGGGGUAUCUCUGCACGAACUAUCGGUAGCACUAUCAAGAGACCAAAAGUUUUCUAUUCAAGAAAAUGAUGACCUUUGCAGCAUUUGUAAGGAUGGAGGCGACCUCUUGUGCUGUGAUACUUGUCCAAGGUCAUUUCAUACAGUCUGUGCUUCUCUAUCAAGCCUUCCGACUGGGAAGUGGUCCUGCAAAUGGUGUACAAAUAUGCUUUUGAGAGAAAAGUUUGUGGAGUGUAAUGCCAAUGCCUUAGCAGCUGGAAGAGUUAUAGGAGUUGAUGCAAUUGCACAGAUAACCAAAAGAUGCAUUCGAAUUGUCAGUUCUCUUGGAAGUGGGCUCCCAAGUGUAUGCGUGUUAUGCAGAGGUCAUAGUUUCAGCAGGUUGGGCUUUAAUCCUCGAACUGUGAUUAUCUGUGAUCAGUGCGAGAAGGAAUUCCACGUGGGCUGUUUGAAAGAACACAAGAUUGCUGAUCUUAAGGAGCUACCUGAAGGACGAUGGUUCUGUGGGUCGGACUGUGAAAAGAUCCAUACUUCAUUGCAAAACCUGAUAAUUCACGGAGAUGAGAAGCUUGACAACAACUUUCUAAAAUUUAUAAGGAAAAAGCAAAAACUUGACGAAGAAGAUUGUUCAGAUGGCAACACUGAUCCAGACAUUAGAUGGAGAGUCCUUCGUGGGAAAAUGGCCGCUUCUGAUGAUACGAAAGCCCUACUCGCAAGGGCAGUAGCAAUCUUUCAUGAGCGGUUUGAUCCUAUCUGUCACUCUGGAGCUAGAGGGGAUCUCAUCCCAGCAAUGGUCUAUGGAAGGCAAGUAAAAGACCAAGAUUUCAGUGGCAUGUAUUGCACCAUACUGACUGUGAAUGAGGUGAUUGUCUCGGUAGGAGUCUUCAGGAUUUUCGGGUCAGAACUUGCUGAACUUCCUCUGGUCGCAACCAGCAAUGAUUGUCAAGGGCAGGGUUACUUCCAAUGCCUGUUUGCUUGCAUCCAAAGGCUGCUGGGAUUCCUAAAGGUGAAGCACAUGGUGCUUCCGGCAGCUGAUGAAGCCAAGUCCAUAUGGACCGACAAAUUUGGCUUCACGAAGAUGUCCGAUGAUGAGGUGGAUCAAUACAGGAAAGACUUCCAGGUGAUGGUAUUCGAUGGCACAUCCAUGCUGAGAAAGCCUGUCCCCUCUACCAUCAACAUCAAGACACAGCUGUAGCGGCAACAGUGUAUCUUCAGUCGUCAUCUUUCUGGUUUUUUGGAAACUCACGGCAAUGGAGGCUGGUCCUGUUUUCCGGUCACAGGGUUAGGGUUCUCCCCCCUCUUUGUUUCUUGUACAGCUCUCAAUCUCAUCAUCGGGCAGCAUUUUGGUAGAAGAGGAGGCUAUUUUGGGGUUUUCUCUUGGGGGAGGGGGUUCGGGUUCCAUUUUUUGGGGAUUUUGGAAUGUUAUUUAUUAUUAUUAUCAUCAUGUAUAUCGAGCUUCUUUCCUUUUAUAAUUGAAAAAAAAAUCCAUUGAAAUAUUCACAAAUGUUGUCUA